AUGUAUUGCCUUAGCAGUGAUGAGGACAGGACACUGGAACUAUCGCCCUUGUCUGAGAAGAUGAACAGAACCCGGAACAUACAAGAGACGCUGGAAGAAGAAUUCGAACAACAAAGAGUCGAAGUGGACAAAUAUUGGAAAACGACGGAACUUCCAGAAACACCUACAAAAAUUGUGGAGGCUUUCAAGGCAAUGGUUGGGAGUUGUAUUAUUCACGGUUCUACCAAAAAAUUGCUGAGUAUCGAUGUGCUGAAAAAUAAGAAUGUUUUAUUGUUCAUUUCGGACGUCAUGGACAUCUCCGUUGAAGAAAUCUCGAUUUUAAAGCCCAUUUUUGAUGGGAUAAGAGAUAAGGAUGACCCGUAUAAAAUUGUAUGGAUCCCAAUAGUGGAGCAUUGGACCGAUGACAUGCAAGCGAAGUUCGACAUGUUGCAGUCCAAAAUGCCGUGGUACAUAUUACAGGGUUUUCCACCAACAGUAGCAGACAUCCAGAUCAUGAAGAAUGAAUAUUGCAGCUUAAAGAAUAAGCCUAUCGUCGUGGUGAUAAACCCACAAGGGGAGGUGGUGCAUCCAAAUGCUCUCCGCAUGAUUCGGCUAUUCGGAAUGAAGGCCUUCCCUUUCACGGCGGAAGCUGAAAAAAAGAUAAUGCCUGAAGGAUUGCGUAGUCAAGUUAGGGGGAGAUUGAACAUGCCAAACAGUGGCCCGAGGCAGGAUAACAAGAAUUACACUUUCAAGUGCUAUGGAAUUGCCAACACCUUGGAGGCAGAAUUUACUCAUCAUUUACAUAUAAUUCGUCGGUAUCUGGCUUCAAAUAGUGAUCCGGAGAUUCGGAUAAAUAUGAAUUUGAUUGGAGCAGGUAACAGUGGAUGGGUUGAGCUCUGCAAAGGUACUCAUGGCGACAUAGUAGCAGUCGGUGAUCAGGGGACAAAAAUUUUGAAUGUCUUGGAAAAGUUUGAUUAUUGGAAAAAUUCUGUGAAUCAGUUUGGCUUCGAUAUAUGUUUCAUGGAUUGCUACGAAAGGCUUCAAGCUGGGCGCCUACCAUGA